AUGGCCUCUCCCUUCCGUCUUAUGCGACCUGUCGCUCAGGCUGCUCGAUCUGGCGCUGUGGCUUUCGCUGCCCGGCCAUUCCAUAGCACGGCUGCUCGAUUCGCUGUGCAGGAUAUCAAGACAAAGAAAGAGUUCAAGGACCUUGUCUCUACAACAGACAAGGCUGUUCUUAUCGACUGCUUCGCUACAUGGUGCGGUCCUUGCAAGGCCAUCUCUCCCAUCCUCAACAAGCUCUCGGAAGAGAAGGCACUUUCAGACAGCAUCCAAUUCGUCAAGUUUGAUGUCGAUGAGCUCCCAGACCUGACCGCUGAGCUCGGCGUCCGCGCUAUGCCAACCUUCUUUGUCUUCAAGAACGGAAGUAAGGUCGAUGAGCUGGUCGGUGCUAACCCUCAGGCCCUUCAGUCGAUGCUGGCCAAGCAUGCUGCAUAA